GCUUAUAUCAGUAGCCAAGGGAAACUGGAACUGGACACAAGCGAAUCUCGUCGAACCAUGUGAGAGAGCCAAUUAUACUGAAAAAAUACCAAGAACUGAAGUAGUUUCGGCGUUAAACGCACAGCAGCAGCAGCAGCAGUUGAAAGUAUUAAUUAGUGGACAUUUGGAAAUACAGCAACAUGACUCACCUGUCAGCGAUGGUGUUGCUGAUGUUGCAAUUGGUUCAGGUGGCGCCCAUCCUGUCAACCACUCCACCCGUCACUCUGCCUCAUUCCGUUGACAAUUUCGAUGGGCAAAUCAGCAGCACCCAGUCCAAACACUCUGACAUUCCCCCAGUCGAAAGUCUCUCGACCAACUAUGGCCCCAAUUCCGACUACGAUGCCACACCCAACAAUGCCACUAGGAUUCUGCGGCGGGGCAAGCGUUAUCUGCAAUACCCCAAAGGAUCACGUAUGUCGUGGCGUACCAAUGGCAAGAACAAUCUCUGGUCAAUUAACUCCUUGUACGCCUACGGCUAUGGCUUUCGCGCCAAUUAUCCCUUCCCGUCCAUUGAGGAGCAGCAGAAGGAUAAUGCCGUCUUCUUUCGGUUGUUCAAGAGGGACCUCUUUUCAAAAAUGGAAACUGCUCUGGAUGGACAUGGCUUUGAUGGUCGCGCGUGCAUGCUAAAAACAUUUUGCACUACCCUGAAGGACGUGGAUAAUCCCAAUCAAAAAAGUGGAAUGCUCUUUAAAGUGCUGAAGUUGGUAUUCAGACGAGCUAAGCGGUAUUUGGAUAUUAUAGAGACCACUCGGAUAUUUGUAGGGCUCCUUUACAAAUGUUAAGAUUCCAAUAGUAGCUUUUACUCCACUUUUAAGUUUCGCGUCAAUGCCAAGAACAAUGUGAUCGCAUCUCCGAUUGUGUGGGCCCAUGGUUAUGGCUUUCGAGCCAAUACACCGGUGUUGGUGGAAAGAAAGAACAGACCCUUUCGCAGGGACACCUACGAGUUGCUCCACGAGCUGAUCGAUCGAAGUGGCUUGGAUGGACGAGCAUGUGUCCUGAAGGCCUACUGUACCGCCUUGGCCGGUGAUCAUGGUCAGGGAUUUCUGUUUAAGCUUCUGAAAUACGUAUUUACCCUGGAUGAGCACGACAAGAGGCAUAUGCCGCAUCUGCGGGAGGAGAACUGCGAGCAAAUCAUGCACAGCCACUGUCCUUUGAGUUUCGACAGCAUAUCCCCAUACACGGAUGACAUUUAAUAGUGUUUAUAUUAUGUUUGCUGAAGGGUUGCCAGCAACCCACUUGGAAAACAGGACAGAUCAACCAAACAAGAGCGGUUUAAUAGGAAAAAAAAACUUUAAAAAUUUAAUAAAAUGAAAAUAAUUUGUUUUAA